AUGUCUGAGGAGCAUUUUGAUGUAAUCAUUGUUGGUUGUGGUGCAGCGGGUAUUGCUGCUGGUUUAGAUUUACAAUCGUCCAGUAUAAGUUCAUUUACUAUAUUAGAAGCACGUGAUCGUAUUGGUGGUCGGGCAUACACAAAAAAAUUAGAUAAUGUUCCAAUUGAUUUAGGCGCCAGUUGGAUUCAUAAUUUUGAUCCAAAUAAUGCAUUAUAUAAGCAUAUGCAAUGCGAGAGUUUAGUUGACAGCGUUUUUCCGAACGAUACUGUAUAUUAUGAUUAUGAUGGUUCACAAAUAUCAGUUAUUGUACUGGAACAAUCUGAAGAGAUAUGUGAAAAAUUAUUUGAUCUUGUAGAUGAACAUCGUGAUAAAGUAUUAAAAGAGAAAGAGAAAGAUCUUUCUAUAGCAGAAGUUAUUGAACACGCAUACAAUAGAGAACUAGAAGGAAAAUCCUCUCAAAUUAAACGUACGGUUGAUUUAAUUUUAUCUGAAGUUGAACAGUAUGAAGCUUCAAGUUUAAAUCAAUUAUCGGCAGCAUGCUAUCAGAAUAAUAAUGCGGAAGAUAUGUCCGAAAAGUAUGUCCAAAAUGGCUACGGUACAGUGUUAGAAAAAUUAGGAGCAAACCUUCCCGUUCGUCUCAACACAAACGUUACAUAUAUUGAUGCCAGUAAUAGUCAGUUAAUUAAAAUUUGUACGAAUAAUUCACCCAAUAUUGUCUAUCAUUGUAAAUAUUUAUUGAUCACUAUACCAUUAGGUUGUUUAAAAAACAAUACAAUCGAGUUUUGUCCGCCAUUACCUGAAUGGAAAUUAGCGUCAAUAAAACAAAUGGGUUACGGUUUAAUGAAUAAAAUUAUUUUGCAAUUUUCAUCGAAUUUUUGGGGUAAUGAAGGGAAGUAUAUUAAUCGUACAAGUAAUUUAAUAAGAGGAGAAUUUUGUUUUAUAUUUAAUUUAUCCAAGCAGUAUGAAUUACCUAAUGAAAACUGUAAUAUUCUUGCUCUGUACGUUCAUGGUGAAUUUGCUUAUAUGCUAGAAAAAUUAACGGAUGACGAAAUAAUUGAAUAUGCUAUGCAAGUAUUACGAAGAAUGUAUGGGACAGAAAUACCGAAGCCAUUAAAAUAUUUAAUUACGCGUUGGGUCAGUGAUUCAUUUGCUUACGGAUCAUAUUCACAUUUUUCUGUAAAUACAACAAACGAGACUGUUGUUGAUUUAGCAAGAGAAUGUUUCACAAACUGUGUACAUUGGGCAGGUGAACAUACGAAUCAUGAGGGUACAAUAGGUUACGUGCAAAGCGCAUUCGAAAGU